AUGCAUAAUCUACCAUUAAAUAAUCCUAGAAAAAAGGCAGAGGACUUAUUGCAGAUUGUGUUCACACCGAUUAGAAUGGGCCCUACUCUACGGCUGGUUAUUCAGUUUUCCCAGGACUAG